AUGAGUAAAUACGUGCCUCCCCACCUGCGCGUUGGCGGGGGCUCUGCAGCCGCCCCGGCGAGUGCCUCUGCGCCCUCAGGCGCCAUCGAUGCAGCAGCAGCAGUCAACAAUCUUUUGCGGGCUCGUGCGGCGGAGGACGCGGGGGCACCCCCAGCUUUGGACGGGAGUUCCUCUGGAGCUGGAGGCUCUCCUGGGGGCGCUGGCCAGGGGGCUUGGGGAGCUUGGGGCCGAGGCGCUGCAGUCCUACGAACCAACAAGCCGAAGCCUCAACAGAGGAGCACCACCCUGAGGGUCGUGGAAGUUGAUUCCCUUGUCAUCAUGAAGAUUCUCAAGCACUGGCGAGACUUCCAUCCGCUGCCGGUAAACGGCCAGUUGCUAGGAACUGAAACCCGCGAUAAACUGGAAGUGACAAAUUGUUUCCCUCUUCCCCAGAAGAAGGAGGUGCUAUCGGCUUUGCAGCAAGAGAAGAUUUCGGGAGACCUUGAGGAGCGGGUGGAUGAAGAGUUUGAUCGCUAUCAGGACAGAAUGGCGGAGUUAAUGCACGACCUGAACGUGGACUGCUUUACGGUUGGCUGGUAUCUUACGGUUUCCUUCUCGGAAGCGCUACAGAAGGAGAUAAUCGAAAGCCUCGUGGCCUACCAAGAAUUGGUAGAUCGAGCUGUACUGCUCGCGUUCGAUCCCCAAAGGCUCUCGAAUGGCCGCAUUCCGUUCAAGGCCUACAGAGUGAAGCCCGAGUUUCUCCCACUCUUCCAUGCAUAUGAAGCGGAUGUCGCUCAAUACAGCAAAAUCACGGCUGCCGAUAUCCUUGUGGAGGUGCCGGUAACCCUGCGGAAUGCCUUUUUAUCGGAGGCAUUUUUCCUUGAGUGGAGCAACAGGUCAUCUUUGUCUGCAUCCUCGCUCUGCUGGGGGACACCACAGCCUUCGUCCCUGGAGAGGGGCAUUGGUCAGGUAUCUUUGUGCUUGGACCUCUUGGGCGAGGAGCAAGAGAAGGUGCAGCGGUAUCAGCGAGACAGCUUGCGGCAGCAGCAGUUGCAGAAGCAGCUCACCGAGAGGCGCCGUCUCGAGAACGAGCAAAGGAGGCUAAAAGGCGAACCACUUCUGCCUGCAGAGCCUGAGGGUCUAUCCAUGCGGCCUGUUGAAGUGCCUUCCCUGUUGCCCUCGCUCCUGCUGCAAGCCCAAGUUGGGCAGCACGUGCAGCAAAUCUCCGAUGCGUGUGGCGACAGCCUGAAAAAGAUGUUCCUGCUGAACUAUGCCAAUCAGGGUGUCAGGGAUGCAUGCUCACAGCGCUUGCAGCUAGAGUCACAUCGAGAGCCGGGGGCUAUAGAGACCAGUGACAACAGGAGAGCCUUGGGGGCGAUGUUUGAGGUAGAGGAGAUGCUUUGGGGAGAGACCACGCCUGCUGGCGCUGCUGGAACUAUGGCAAUAGGGCAGGGCACUCAGUGGGGGCAGACACGCACGGAUUAA